UUGAAACAAUCAGUUCUCCCCAAUAAAAAUGGCAGCGCCCAUGAAAAAUACCACAUUACAUGAAAAUUUAAAGAUAAGCACAUUAAACUUUGCCGAAAACGAAGAAAAUUUGAAAUGGAUAUCAGAUAUGAUUUGCAUGAAACAUUCGAUUGGAGUAACCAUGACCAAAAUGGACCAAUUACCGCCAAGCAUCUCAGAGGCAUGUAUGGAUGAAAUGUCUUUCAUUGUGUACAGUCUGCCAGUUCAUGAACUUAUUAAUUCUGAUCUCCUUGGAGCUUUCCAAAAGAAAGGGUCCCUUUGUAUGCUUUCAGUUGGAACAAAACUAGAAGUGAAUGACUGUGUUGCAAUUUUACCCACAGGGCAAUUAAUACUUCAUCUUACAAAAGAUUCAUAUACCAGACUUGGUUUAGAUGGAAAACCAUCUCAUUUCAACAAAUUCGGAGGAGAAAAAUAUGUGGUCAAUAUUGAUAUCAGUUCCCCUGUCUUUGCACCUGGGAAGAAAAACUACGAGCGUGUCAAGCAAUGCCUGCUUGGUUCUAGUAUAUGUUGUGACUUCUUGGUGUCUUGGAGCCCACAAGAUGAUAAGCUGUGUCCAUCCUCCAUCCAUAGGUAUUUCUGCUUAAAGGGAUUUGGUUGUGUGCAUCUUACCCUUUCUGCAAAAUCUCACAAAUAUACAAAUAUAAAAAUUCCUGACCUGCAGCACCAGGAUGCCGAAGUUUACCACCAGGAGGAACUCUAUGAUUGGUUGGGAGGGGUGGCCAAUCAGAUUUUGUGGUCCAGUGAGUCUGAUGAAGAGUACAGCCCCUUGGGUGACUACUCUGGUCCAACAAAUUUAGGUCACUGUGCUCACAAUCAAGUCUUUGGCUUCUUCUCCAGCAUCACACUCCGGGGUCUUAUCAAAGAAGUCAGACAGCUCUGUAAAUCAAGCAACACCUGGGGCUGUGUUACAGUUCAUGGUUUUUCUGAUUCUGUGACCUCCAUAGGAAAAUCCGAGAAGAAUUUCCACAAACUGUGUGCAGACAGUGUUACUUUGGUUUUAUCACCAAGUGAUAGAUGCUGGUUAUUUACCGAUACAUGAACUCCUACAAGAGUUUAUACAUUGUGUUUUUAUAUCACUUUAUCAUUAAUACCUCUACUGUUUCCUUGUUCAUAAUAAAUUCAUCAAACAAAGCAAA